CCGCCUCAGAUUCAUUUCUUCCCUCUGAGCAUCUUCUCUCGUCGCCCGCAUUUGCCCGCUUGCUUCUCAUCCGAUUGUUUCCGCCGUCAUGUCUCUGCCGUGCCGGUAGCCCCAUUGACUCCUGCUUUGCAGUGAGUACCGCAGCUCUUUCCGGGAGGCCGCCGGUUGGUUGCUUCGUCGAAUCUACCGUCGCGCAGUCCUCGGCCUAUCUCGGUCCGGUCCGGUCCUUGGUGUUCCCAGCACGGCUUGCUCGCUAGACAUCCGCGAUGGACGGCUUCAGACACUUGGUUGUCGACCAGAUAAAGGCUCUGCGGCCUUCGUUCAUCUCCAAAAAGCCACAUUUUAACUUUAUCUCCGCCCAUUAUUUCUACAUCAUCAGCCUCGCGAUUCUCGGAUCUGUCAUAGUCUUCGGCUCGGGCAAGGGGAAUGUGGCUUAUAUCGAUGCGCUUUUCCUCGCCAGCUGCGCCAGUACCCAGGCCGGCCUGAACACGGUCGACCUCAACUUGCUCAACACGUUCCAGCAGAUUGUGUUAUAUCUGUGGCCUAUGCUGACGAAUCCCAUCACCAUCAACUCCUUCGUCGUGUUCCUGCGGCUCUAUUGGUUCGAAAAGCGCUUCCAGCAUAUCGUCCGCGAAUCUCGCCAGAGACGAGGCACCAUCUCCAAGUCCAAGACGAGGUCGAAACCCGACGACGAGGAUGUCGAGAGGGGGGUAAAUGGUCGGAAAAUCACCGUCAUGCUCAAUGGUGCCAGGUCACGCAUCACGAAUGACGGCAUCCUGCUGGAUGACAAGCCGCGGUCGUCGGACGAGGACGAACCCGACCCGAAGUCCAAGCUCCCUUCAAACCCAUCUGCGACCGACGAGUCUCGUCGACCUGAAAUCAAGUUUGCUCGUACCGUUACGAAGAGUGAUGGCUUGGGCAAAGGGGCGAUCAAGCUCCCGCCCACUCGGUCCCAGCAGGAGCAUAUCGACUUCCUGGAACGUCAACGGAAGGGAGACGAUGAGGUGCUGAGGAUCCCGAACCCCAGGGAUGUGGAGCGUGGCAUGGUUCCCAAGCGUGUCGAGGCUGGGGAGGACGAGGAGGCCGAGCCGGCCUCGCCCCGCGCCCAGGGACUGGGCGUGGACUUGGGCGGCAGUUCUCAGGCGCCCACCGCCGAGAGUCGCCCGCAGGCCAUCACAAUUGAGGAGCCUGACCGACACAAUCUGCAGCAGUCCGACUCGGACGAUCUGGUUGACGGGGCCAAAGCCGCUGCCCGCGUUUUUUCCUUAUCUUUCAUCAAGAUCCGGAGACCCAGGUUCCUAAGCCGGAACAACAGACGGCUGCAUGGCAAGGAAGACGAGCUGGGUGCAUCUGCUAAGGGCAAGGGCCGACGGCAAUCCUUCUCGUCAAUAAGGACAGUCUUCUCGAGGGAUAAGGUGGAGGGUACUCCGUACCUGAGUUGGGAGCCGACUAUUGGCCGUAACUCAGCCUUCCCAGAUCUCACCGAGGAGCAGAGGGAAGAGCUCGGAGGGAUCGAAUACAGGUCCUUGAAGACACUUGCCGUGAUUCUCACCGGCUAUUUUUGGAUAUUCUCCGCCAUCGCUGUCGUCGGCCUAUUGCCAUGGAUUCGGCGCAUGCCGAGUUACGGCCGCAUUGUCGACACCGCCGGCGUAAGCAGAACGUGGUGGGCCUUCUUCACAGGCAGCUCGGCGUUCAUGGACUUGGGCUUCACCCUCACGCCGGACAGUAUGAACUCAUUCAACACCGCCACGUGGCCGCUGCUGCUGAUGAGCUUCCUCAUCGUCAUUGGCAACACCGGAUUUCCCGUCAUGCUGCGGUUUAUAAUUUGGGUGCUGUCGCACAUGGUCCCCGUCGCCACCGGACUCUAUGAGGAACUCACUUUCCUACUCGACCAUCCUCGGCGCUGCUUCACCUUGCUGUUCCCAUCGGGAGCAACUUGGUGGCUUUUCUGGUUACUGGUCGUCAUGAACGGGCUCGACGUCAUGUUCUUCAUUGUGCUCGAUCUCGGAAGGAGUCCAGUUGUCGAUCUACCGGCCGGGCUCAAGGUUUUGAACGGCGUGUUUGAAGCGGUCUCCACCAGAACGGCUGGGUUCUCUUGUGUGAACCUGGCCGCCUUGCACCCCGCCGUCCGGUUCUCGUACAUGGUCAUGAUGUACAUAUCGGUCUUCCCCAUUGCCAUCUCGGUCCGCCGCACGAACGUGUACGAGGAGAGGUCCUUAGGUGUUUACAGCAAGAACGACAUCGACGAGCAGGCGGCCGGCAGCGACUUGUCUUACGUCGGGGCUCAUUUACGGCGGCAGCUGUCAUUCGACUUGUGGUACAUCGUCAUCGGCUUCUUCAUUAUCAACAUCACCGAGGGCGCCCGUCUCAUGGCGGGUGACUUCACGCAAUUUGAUGUCCUGUUCGAGGUGGUUAGCGCCUAUGGCACGGUCGGUAUGAGCAUAGGCUAUACUGGCGUCAACGCUUCCUUGUCCUCCCAGUUCUCCGUUCUCGGCAAGCUAGUCAUCAUCGCUAUGGUGAUCCGCGGUAGACACCGUGGUCUGCCUUACGGCCUGGAUCGUGCCAUCCUCCUCCCCAGCGAAUCCUUGAACGCCACCGAGGCGGCCGAUGACGCGAGGAUGGCGAGACAUGUCUCGCACACUUCUGCUACCACGGGAGCCGCCCGCUCUUCGAGUGUGGGCGGGCGACAUAGAGCCAUGAGCGGCGAUCACGGCAACAUCUUGACUUCUCUGCUGCAUCCCGGCCCGGCCGUCCCCGCCGACCCGCACAUGACAGAUCUUGGUCUCAGAUUCUCCGAUACCGGUGCCAUGUCCGAGGAACCAGAGUCGUAUGCCACGCGGGUCAGCUCCCGGCGGACGGAGCCCGGCGUCUCGAGAAGGUUUGAUCCUACGUUGAGUUUGGAUAGGCCACGGACUUCUGCUGGGAACGAGUAAUGGGGCUCGCUUUUCUUUUGGGGGUUUCCUUCCACCACAGCGGCAGCAUUUGGAGGCCCCUUCGAUUCAAUGAGACCAGCAGAUGCGCGGGUUUACAGACCCUGGGAGGGCGGCGCACUUUCCCCACACUUUUCUUUUCCCCUGUUCUCCAUCUUACUUCUUAGUUCAUAAAGUCGCAGGCAGGGCUUGAGCAAGCAAGCAAAUUGCCACGGCUCGGGAAGGCGUUUAAACGGGUUAUUAUCAGGGCGUUCGGCACAGGAUACUGUACACCAGGGAUAUUUUAGAUGGGGUGCUGGGAGCAUCGGGCUGGAUAUCUCGGUAUUUGAUGCUUCUUCAAGAACAGGAUAUGCGCAAUACAGCAGCACGGAUGCCUCCUUGAGACAUAACAUGACGGCAACGGCGUAACUGGAGGACAAGGGAACGGGCGCUACAGCAGGC